AUGUUUGCCAUGUCGCAACACCAAUACACAUAUGCCCAGGCCCAGGCGCCGCCGAGGCAGUAUUCCGCACACGGAACCAGUAGUGCCUUCUCUAGCUCAGCGAACCCUGAUGAGGACUGGACCAAGAUUUCCGAUCUCGCUGAGCGUAGAAGAAUACAAAACCGGAUUGCUCAGCGCAACUACCGCAAGAAGCUCAAGAGACGCUUGGAAGACCUGGAGAGACGCGCUGGCACCUCAGAUGGCUCCUCGCCCGCCAGUGGAUCGGAGAAGCAAGGACAGACCAACAAGUCCUCCAAGAAGUCCCCGUCGAAGACACAAAAGUCCAACGUCAUGCCCCAGAAGCCCGUCCCGGCACCUCAAUUUACACCGCCCAUGACCCACGAAGACGAGCUCAUGUUCCCGUCGUCAUACGAUGAGAGGGAACGAUCGCAUACGCCUCCUUUCAUGCCCUACUCGGCAUACCCUCCGCCCGACGAGAUGCUUCUGCCGCCGUAUGGGUCGGCUCAGGCCUACCACCCCAUGACAACCGCGGAUGGCUACCCGAGCUACAUCGCGACCACCACAGUCCCCUGCACACUGCCGUCGAUGACCCACUUCAGCGAUGCCAUCAAGAGGGAGCCUUACCCGGAGGAGUCAUUGUCGCCUUACAUGAACUAUGGCUUUGUACCGGGGAUGGAUAUGAACGCUCAGAACCCCUACGAUACCUCGAACCCUCAUACUCCACCACUUUCUCACUCUUUCGAUCACUCGGCGAACUGUUCUGACUCUGGCUACGACUACCCGACAACUCCGCUAUCGAUGCCAGACUCGCCGGAGUUGAUACAGCACCAAUUAUGA